UCUGAGAUCUCUACUCUUUACAGACCUCCACGUGAUUGUGACAUUUCCCCUUUUCCCGCCCUCGCAGACGACCACGACCACCAUGAAUCCCUCUCGACACCGACGUCCACGAUGUCCUCAUCUCCUCCUUCAUCGUGGCACCAGCUCUGGGAGGAAGCGCAGCCCCGUCUUCGAUCGAUCCAAGAAGCUCUCAGUAGUCAGAACACUCCCUCCGCUCGAGUGAUCCGCGUUGGCCAACUGGAUGCGGAGUUACUCGACCAAGAACUUGUUCAGUUAUUGCAGGAACCGGUUGGAAAGGCGUUGAACCUGAUACGUAGUGCAUUCACAUCUCAAUAUCAACCUGAGCUUACACUGCUCAUCCAAUUGAUCCUGUAUAAGUUCUCUGUGUGGAAUAGUGGUGCUAGUUAUGGUGCAAGGCUUCAAGGCCUGAAGUAUGCAUCUUCCGACGCCACCACGCGUUCAGGCCUCCCAUUACGCACUCUGCUUAUACAUGGCACACUAACCACGCUCGUCCCAUAUAUCCAUACCCGGAUACGUGCGCAUGCACUCUCGAAUGCUUGGCCAGAAGCGCCUUCCCAUGAUCGACGAAGGAGGGCUUGGGAGUUCUUGACGAAACUUGAAUCCUCACACGGAUUACUUGCACUAGUGAAUUUCAUCGCUUUCUUGUGGAACGGCAGAUACCGUACACUUUCAGAUCGAAUACUGGGGCUGCGCCUUGUUCCUCUUCAAAGACUGACGAAACGCGAGGUCUCCUACGAGUUCAUGAAUCGACAAAUGGUCUGGCACGCCUUCACUGUACGUACCUUCCACUUCGCGCUUCUUCAAUGUUACCUAUUUUUUCUUCAGGAAUUUUUACUCUUCUUUCUGCCACUUAUCAACACCCGCGCUCCGCGUCGACGAUUGUCUCGCCUUGCGGCAAAUUUUACUCUCGCAUCUAUCCUUCCCCCACCGAUACGCUCUACGUUGGGGUUGUCCAAAUCAAGUUCGGACGAGAAACAACGUGUUCGCAAAGGGAAGUAUUGGUCAUUACCAUUGGAUCAAUGUGCAAUUUGCUAUGAAGACGCAGCGACUCUCAACCUUGCGGAUCCUUCAAAUACCCUGAGCACCUUGGCAGCGCCCACCUACUCAUCUACUUCAGCCGAUCCUCCUACAGAGUCCACCAAUGCCGUGGAAGAACCUCCACUUCAUCCAGUCAACACCCCAUAUGUGACCUCGUGUGGUCAUGCCUACUGUUACGUCUGUGUCACAACGCGCAUGGUGCGGACAGCCGAUGAUAGGACAGGCGUUGGUCCAGGUGGGACCCGAUGGGAAUGUUUGAGAUGUGGAGAAGGAGUGGUUGAAGCGGAUAGGGUAGAGAUAGGGAUUGAAGACAGUGAUUCAGAAUUCGGGAGCAGUUUCAGCAUGGGAGGUGCUGAUUUUGAGGAGGGCUAUAUGGAUGAGUAUGAUAGUAGUAAUAUGACGUUUACGGAUAUGAGUGGGAGUAUGAUCUCGAGUUAUAACGAGGCGUCGGACUGAAUAGUAUAGUUUUAUUGCUUGUGUUUACUAUUUCUAUUCUUUCGCUUCGGAGGCAACAUUGUCUUUGCGAUAUUGUUU